AUGGUUUCAAAUAUAUGGGUGGCUGCGGCCGAUAACCAGAUAGACGUAGUCAAGCAGCAUCUAGACCUGGGGAAAGUAUCUCCCAAUUCUAGCGAUGCUAAUGGAUAUACUGCCAUUCAUGCUGCUGCUUCCUAUGGUCAUGUCGGCCUCUUACGGCUUUUAAUACAACGAGGAGGUAAUAUAAAUGUUCAGGAUAACGAGGGGGAUACUCCAUUGCAUCACACAGAGGACUUGGCCACAGCUAAAGUAAUGGUGGAGGAAUUUUCUGCAGACUACAAAAUCAAGAAUGAGGAUGGACUCACAGCUGGACAGUACAUUGAAGAAGAAGGAGAGUUUCCUGAGUUAGCGAACUACUUAAGGUCACUCAUUCACGAUGGUCCAGAGUCCAGUGGGGAAUCAGUAGCUGGUUCUGGUUCGACAAGUGAUCAAUUCAUUGCAUCUUUGCCCACACCAGGAAAUGUCGAUGGUCAUGAAAUACGCUAUACUAUGGAAGCCGACGCACCCAACUUGACGCCAGAAGAAGAGGCGGAAAAGAAAAAGAAGAUAGAGGCUAUUCUCAAUAGUGAAAACCCAGAAGAGGCACUCCGAGAGUUGGUACGAAAUGCAGUCCAUGAUGGCAUGGCUCAAUUUCGAGCCGAAGCCGAAGACGGAGACAACAAGCGACAAAAAAGCGGUUGA